AUGACAACAAACGAGGAUGCACCAUUUACUACCGGAACGGGGAAAACCGAAAAAUACUUUAAUAAUAUCAAGUUGGCACCACUAUACGAAAAAACGAGACCACUCACACCAAACCUAAAAUACAAGAACUUAAUGGAUUUAUUACAUUAUAUACCACUUGCACACCAUAGUUAUUUUAAAUCCCUGGAGAAGACUGAAUAAUAAUUAAUAAAACAAUAAUAAUAAUUAAUAAAACAAUUUUAAUGUAAAAAUUAUUGAACAAAGAUAAUUAAUGUUAAUAAUUAAUAAAACAAUAAUAGUAAUUAAUAAAACAGUUUUAAUGUAAAAAUUAUUGAACAAAGAAUAAAAAGUAGAAUAUCUUUUUGAUUUUAUAACAUAAAAGUGUGUUAUUUUUAUUUUUAUUUCAAGGGAAAUUUACUUUUCCCCAUGGACUUGUGCUUUCUCAAGAAUUGGAAACGUCAUUUCAUUGA